CCAAUCUGCCCUCAGCUCAAUUGGCAGACCAGCUGGAAAGUCAUUUCAAAGUGCUCAGCGGGUCAGAUCUGUGCUUGCUACCUUCGCGAGCAGAAGCACCACCACGCGCAAGAUGUUGAAGGUACUUCGCGCCGCCUUUCUCCAGGCUCUAGUUUCUCGUCGAAUAGUGAGCGAGUCGGAGUCCAAAGCCAUCUUUCUGCGCGUGUGCGCUGCUUGCGGACUAGAAGCGGACAGGGACGUGACUAGUCAAUACGAAGCGUUCAUCGAUGAAAUCAUGCAGCAUCUCGCUCCUUUAGGUUUGGAAUUGAGGAGCACGGUGGAUCAGACUAGGAGCGAGGGAGGUGGUGUGACGGUCAGAGCCAUCACUAACGCGAAGGACGACGAGCUCUCCAAAGUUGCUACUCCCUUCACGCCGCUAGAACUAUCAUACAUCAAGCGCGUAGUCAGUGGCAUCGUGACUGCGCCAGACGAAUGUUUCUGCGUCAGCACCAUCGAAGCUCUCCUCGUUGCGAGGAGGACCACACCGCCGUUGUCCAAACGCACAGCUGAAGCGUUGCUCGAUCGGGUGGUGGCGAGGGGCUGGUUCUUGCAAAGCGGGACUGGAUACUAUUCACUUGGCACCCGGGCUAUUCUGGAGCUGCAGACGUAUCUCAAAGCAGAAUUUCCGGAUCACAUGCUUCUGUGCAAAUCAUGCGACGAAAUCGUCACCGUUGGACUGUCAUGCUCAGUUCCAGGCUGCGACGCUAGGCUACAUCGCCAUUGCGAGCUACGAUCAUUUGGUCCGGCAAGGGCUGGCGCAAAUGCCGCCAAUUCAACGCGACAGUGUCCGUCUUGCAACAAGAGCUGGGAGCCGCUUCCAGUGGGAGAGGCGAGCAUUGGCAGCGGCCGCAAACCCGGUGGUCAGCGAUGGGGAGCUUCAGACGAUGAGCAGGAAGAGGAAGAGGAACAAGACGAGAUAGGUGAUGAGGACGACGGAAGGCCUGUGAGCAAAAGGGGAAGGAGCGCAGGAGCGAACAAACGUGCGCGCACGGGAACCGCACCGGUACGAAGCAGCAAACGGUCGCGCGGUUCUCGCGGAGUCGCGGUGGUAAAGGGCGAAGAGGACGCCAGCGACGAGGAGGAAGAGGAGGAGGAGGAAGAGGAGGAGGAGGAGGAGGAGGAGGGGGAGGAGGAGGAGGAAGAAGCAGAGCAAAGCGACGAGGACGAAGAAGCAGACGAAGAAGCAGACGAAGAAGAAGCCGAAGAUGCGCGAGAGGUCGCAAAUGAGCUCGAGGAAGCUUAGGCGGCUGUUGAAGCCGUACCAUCUUUGUCUGCUAUACCGCGCGAGCGUCGCACAUUCAGCGCAAAUUGUUACCAAGCUUCGGUUCUUACUUGUAAUUGUAGCAUCAAGUCUCGCGACAACUGUCAUUCCAUUGGCAUGAACCGG